AUAUGGCGCUAUCCUUGGGUCAGCAAUUUUUAUGUAGCUUCUGUGGUAAACACGUUAUUAAAAAUGUGAAUUAUUCAAGGAUUUUCAAAAGCAUUUCGGAACGUAAACUGCACGAUUCUUCAAAUUUGAGCUCGGGGUUGAGACGAGCAAAGGGUAGCUGGGAAAGUGUUGUUGGGCUGGAAAUCCAUGCCCAAAUUAAUUCUGAAGCAAAGCUGUUUUCUGGUGCUGGUACCCAGUAUGCAGCAGCACCAAAUACUCAAGUGUCAUUAUUUGAUGUUGCUUUACCUGGAACUCUGCCUGUCUUGAACAGACGUUGUGUCGAAGCUGGAGUCUUGACUGCUUUGGCUCUGAACUGUACAGUUCAUAAAAUCUCAAUGUUUGAUCGGAAACAUUAUUUUUAUGCUGAUCUUCCGGCUGGCUAUCAGAUCACGCAACAGAGGAUGCCUCUAGCAACGAAUGGAUCUCUGAGUUUUGUAGUAUUUAAUCCAGCUGUCCACAAAAGACCGUACAAGAAAACUGUUGGAUUGAUACAACUUCAACUGGAGCAAGAUAGCGGUAAAUCUCUUCACGAUGAAGGACAAACUUUGAUAGAUCUGAACAGAGCUGGUGUUCCUUUGAUGGAGUUGGUUUUUGAGGCAACAUUAAAAGAUGGAGAAGAAGCAGCAGCUCUUGUAAAAGAAUUGCAGUUAAUUUUUAAAAGACUUGGAACUUGUACAAGUAAAAUGGAAGAGGGCGCUUUGAGAGUAGAUGCUAAUAUAUCGGUAAACCAAACAGGAGAGCCAUGGGGUACAAGGACAGAAGUGAAAAAUAUAAACAGUGUACGUUGUGUGGCUAAAGCAGUUGACUUUGAAAUAAAACGACAGAUUGGAGAGUUAGAAGCUGGGUUCGAGAUUUUAAAUGAAACAAGAAUGUUUGAUGCACAAGCCAAGUAA